AUGACAAGGGGUUUCCUCGCGCGGGCGACGGCAUUGCUCGCUGCUGUUACUCCCCUCGUGGCCAGCGACAAUAGUAGCAGCAAUCAAGAUGCCGAUGCCUUGGCCAUGUCGCAAGUUCUGACGGACCCCUAUACCUAUGACUUUCCUCAUGUCGACGCUAAUGGCGCGGACUUGUUUCCCAUGCGCCCUUGCAAGGGGCACCAGCUGUUGGAAGCCAGCAUCGAUGACCUCCAGCAGUUGCUCUCUGCUGGCAAACUCACCACUGUCGACCUGCUGCAGUGCUAUCUGGAGCGCAUCCACCAGACCGACUCGUAUUUGAAUGCCAUCAUCCAACACAACCCCGAUGCCUACAAGAUUGCUAGGUCUCUAGACCAGGAACGUGCCAGCGGCAGAGUCCGCGGUCCUCUUCAUGGGAUUCCCUUCGUUGUCAAGGAUAACAUCGCAACCAAGGACCGCAUGGAGACGACCGCCGGCAGCUGGGCUCUCUUGGGAUCAGUGGUCCCCCGCGACUCUUUCGUUGUGAAUCAUCUGCGCAAGGCCGGCGCUCUGCUUCUGGGCAAAGCUGCUCUGAGCGAAUGGGCCAGCAUGCGCUCCAACGACUACUCCGAGGGCUACUCGGUUCGUGGAGGCCAGUGCCGUAGCGCUUACAACCUCACAGUAAACCCCGGAGGCAGCAGCUCGGGGCCUGGUGUCGCCGUUGGAGCAAACCUUGUUCCCUUCGCCGUGGGAACCGAAACUGAUGGCAGCGUCAUCAACCCUGCGCAGCGCAACGCCAUCGUUGGAAUCAAGCCUACUGUCGGGCUGACCUCUCGCGACGGCGUCAUCCCCGAGUCUCUCAACCAGGACACCGUCGGUUGCUUCGGCAAGACAGUGCGCGAUGCAGUCUACGUCCUAGACGCCAUCUAUGGCGUUGACCCGCGUGACAAUGCGACAUUUGCACAAAUCGGCAAGACUCCCAGUGGUGGUUACACCCAGUUCCUUGCCAACAAGACCGCCCUCCAAGGCGCUAGAUUCGGUCUACCCUGGGAAUCAUUCUGGGCUUUAGGCGACAGCGACCAAAUCGCGCAGCUGGUCGAACUGGUUCAACUGCUCGAGGAUGCCGGUGCAACCAUUGUCAAUGGCACAGAACUCCCCCAUUACAAGACCAUCGUCUCCCCCGACGGCUGGAACUGGGACUACGGCUCUACUCGGGGCUUCCCCAACGAGUCCGAGUACACCUAUGUCAAGGUAGACUUCUACAACAACAUCAAGGCCUACCUCGCUGAGCUCGACAACACAGACAUCCGCUCCCUCGAAGACAUCGUCCAGUACAACAAGGACAACUCCGGCUCCGAAGGCGGAUACCCGUCCGUCCAUCCAGCCUUCGCGUCUGGACAGGACGGGCUCGAAGCCUCCCUCGCAAGCAAGGGUAUCAUGAAUGAAACAUAUUACCAGGCCUUGGAGUUCUGCCGCCGCACAACACGCGAGGAGGGCAUCGAUGUCGCACUUAAGCUGGGCAACAAUACUGCCCUGGAUGGACUCUUGGUCCCUCCCGAUGUGGCGCAAAGUAUCCAGAUUGCGGCACAGGCGGGAUACCCUGCGGUUACUGUGCCGGCGGGGACGGGUCAGGAGUCGGGGAUGCCGUAUGGGCUGGCGAUUCUCAAUACUGCGUUCUCCGAGGCUGCGCUGGUGAAAUGGGCCAGUGCAAUUGAAGACUUGCAGAAGAGUUCGGGCACGCAGUGGCAGAGGAGUUUACCUGAGUGGAGGGGGUAUUUGGUUCGCAAUUUGCCUGUUCCCCUUUGA